CACACGUUUUUAUAUUCAUUUCCAUUUUGAUUUUCUGUACUUUUUUUUCUUUACUUCACCGAUUCCUCCACGACUGCAAGAGCCAACAGAGAAGAGAAAAAUCAAUUCCUCAUUAUUGGAAUUGUUUUUUCUCUCUAUAUUUUUACUUCACAUUCAUAUACCCUCUCAACUUCUCAUUCUUUUCCCCUUUUGUUCUCUAUAUCUCAUAUUACGCCACAAAAUCCUCACACUCACGCAUAAAUCCACAUUUUUCUGUACAAAUCACUUCUUUCACCUUCUGCAGGUUCAUCUUUGUUUUUCUGUUUUUUUUAAUUAAUUUUUUCCCUCUAUUCACCUGAGGGUUACAAAAGCAAAAAAAUUCCGUCACCGGUCACCUGCCGGCGAUCUUUUUAUUUUCCGGGGUUCACGUGAAGACUAAGAUUUGGAGGGUUGUUAUUGGGUUUGAUUUUUUUUUUUCAAAAAAAAAAAGAAGUUGAAACUCAAUAAAGUUUUUGUUUUAUCCUUUUACUUUGGUUUGGUUUUUGAUUGUGUGUGUGUCCGUGGGAAUUGGACUCGUGUAAUGCAUGAGUCAGUGAUUUUUAUGGGUGAGAUUUGUUUGUGAGAGAAUCGAAGUUAUUUGAGAUCUAUCAAAGAGAUAAGCUUUAUAAUUUUGUUGUAUAGUUGUGUGUGAAAGAGAAAUUACAAGAUGAUGAAGAUGAGGAACAUGACUAAUAACGGAGGUUCGGGAACCGAACCAAGAAGUAUGGAAUGGGAGAUGAGACCAGGUGGGAUGUUGGUUCAGCGCCGAACCGUAGACUCGGAUCCAAACCCGGUUCCUCCACCGACAAUUAGAGUUCGAGUUAAAUAUGGUUCAACCUAUCACGAAGUCAACAUUGGUUCACAAGCUACAUUUGGGGAAUUGAAGAAAAUGCUAACUGGUCCAACCGGUUUACACCACCAAGACCAAAAGCUAUUCUAUAAAGACAAAGAAAGAGAUUCAAAGGCAUUUCUCGACAUAGUAGGAGUCAAAGAUAAAUCCAAGUUAGUGUUAAUGGAGGACCCUAUUAGUCAAGAGAAGAGGUACUUGGAAAUGAGAAAAAAUGCAAUCAUGGAAAAAGCUGCAAGAUCAAUUUCACAAAUUAGCUUGGAAGUAGAUAGGCUUGCAGGGCAGGUGAUUGCUCUUGAGACAAUAAUUAGUAAAGGUGGGAAAGUUGUAGAGACGGAUGUGCUUAGCUUGAUUGAGAAAUUGAUGAAUCAAUUGAUUAAAUUGGAUGGUAUAAUGGUUGAUGGGGAUGUUAAAUUACAGAGGAAAAUGCAGGUAAAAAGAGUUCAAAAGUAUGUUGAAACUUUGGAUUUGUUGAAAAUUAAGAAUUGUAAUGGGAGUCAUGCCCCAAUGAAGAAGCCUCAACAAAAUGGGAAAAGACUAGCUCCAAUUCAAGAACAACCACAAGAAAUGUCAAAUGGGCAUCAUAGAUUACAACUAAAUUUGGAACAACAACCUCAAAGGAACUCAAAUGGGAAUUCUUUAGUAUUUGAGCAGCUUCAACACAAACCUUCUAGAAAUUCUUCUACCUCAGAAGUUGUAGUUACUACAAAAUGGGAGACAUUUGAUUCUCUACCACCAUUAAUUCCUGUCAAUUCAACAUCAUCAUCCAGCUCAUCCACCAAUAAUUCAGUUCAUCCAAAGUUCAAUUGGGAAUUCUUUGACUAAAUAGUGUACACCACUUGUUUGUAAUUGUGUGGAUGUCUUUUGUGUUUGUUUUUCCACUUGGAGUGUUAUUAUAUUUUCUUAAUUAUACAUUCUUUUCUGUAUUUAGAUUUGUUAAUUAGCAAUCCCUUUAAUUAGUCUCUCAUUUACUUCGUCGGCAAUAAACGGGGAUGCUAUGAUAGUGAUUAUUAUUGUCAUAAAAUAGUUCCUUUUUUUUUC